CCAUUCUCUAUAAAGCUGAUCGCUUCUCGAUCUUUCUUCCGCUUUCUUUUCUCUCUUCUUCUUCUUCCUCUUCUUCUUUAACAGAUACCAUACCCACUACCGUAUUCAGCACCCCGACCAGGAUUUCUCAAGUCGAUUCUUUGAACUAUUCUCCUUCUCUCUCUCAGUUACACAUCAUGCCUGUUACAUACACCAAGGUCGAAAAGAUCACCGACGCCGCCGCUGUCAAGAGCGCCUACAAGCCCACACACCCUGGCUUGUUCGAGGUCUUCUAUGCUGAGGGCGACUACAAUUCCAAGUUGGUCGCCAGCCGAUCCUAUGCCAAGGGCGAGAUCAUCUGUAAGGUCGAGGGCAUCACACCAGGACCCAAGAGAUACACCAGUGUCCAGGUCGGAAAGGAUGAGCACAUCGAGCUGAACUCUGACCUCGUCUUCAUGAACCACUCCUGCAACCCCUCUGUCUCCCUCGACACCGACACCAUGACCGUGGUCGCUGUUGUUGAUUUGAAGGAGGGCGACAACAUGACCUUCUUCUACCCUUCGAGUGAAUGGGAGAUGACCCAGCCCUUCCCUUGCUGGUGCGGUGCUGAGAAGUGCGUCAAGAGCAUCCAGGGUGCCAAGUUCCUGUCAAAGGAGGUCAUGUCUCGGUACUUUACCACCAACCACAUCCAAGAGCUCUUGAACGAGCGUGAUGCCGCCGCCGCUCAGGCAUAAAGACGAGACAGAGGACCACAAAUCGUGUCGGACUCGGAUGGAAAAACACGUUCAGGGCGAAUGAUGGAGACGAGAGAAGAAGACAAGACCGGUGAACCGAUAUGAGGAUAGGUCUUAUGUUCUAGUCCAUGUACUAUACUAUACAUCUUUGCAAUAUAUAAGAGCAGUCUGCCUGCAUGGGGCCGAAUUGACUAUGACUAUG